UACUCUCUUUAUACUCGAGCUCAUGGAUGCUUCAUAUUUCUAUUGCUUGGCGAUUCUAUCUUUCUUCACGAUAUUUCUGUCGAUGCCUUCGUCGUCGUCACGAGUAUCAAAAUCUCAACCGGUUAGUUUUUGUCGCGACGACUUUCUCGUGGCUGUCAACGAAGACUUGCCAAUAUCGAAUAGCACGAGAGCGUUGAGUAGUAGAAGGAGUUUGGUAAACUUUACAAAAGAACGCGUCGGUCGACACGAACUGCUCAGAUUUCAAUCCCACGACGGGCAAUGGGUCAUACGCACGUGGGACGGCAGCCAUCUGGCUAUGGAAAAUGAUGGAAGAUUGACCGUCAAGACUGGAUGUGUGACGACCACGUUUCUUCGACUGGUUUCGUUCGACGAUCUGUUGAGCUGCUUUGAGGGUAUUAGUUGUAAAAUGAUUUUAUGUGCGACGUCACUUUCUACUGGAGCCUCAUUUAUUGUCAAACGAGACGAUCAAGCUGUCCGAGUGUCUUCAGGUGAAUGCAAAAGUUAUCAAAAAUUCAAAGAAUCGGAAACACUAAAGCGUCUACAAAAAUCCGGUCAAGACAGACAUUUUGAAAUUACUUUCUUGAUUGCCAACUCUGAGAGCGUGAAGACAAUGCUGGGGCCCGGUUUGAAACGACUGUGUCCGAGAACAUUUGACCCUACUGCGACGGUGUCUUACGAGCGAUGCGCUGCGUCUGUGCAAUAACGACAAAUGAAAGUUGGAACGAGUCGUAGUGUGAACAUUUGAUCGAAUAUUAUAGUUGGACGCGCGUGUUUUUGUCUUUUUUCCUUUGUAG